AUGACGGGUAGUAGGAAAAGCGAAUUUGGCGAUGGAGUGGCCGUGCAAGGAGAUGGUAGGAAACAUACGGUUCAUUGGUUCCGAAGAGGACUCAGAUUGCAUGAUAAUCCGUCCCUAAGAGAAGGACUAGCUGGUGCUUCUACUUUCCGGUGUGUCUUUAUUUUGGACCCCUGGUUUGCCGGAAGCACUAACGUUGGUAUUAAUAAAUGGAGAUUUCUCUUGCAAUGUCUCGAGGAUCUCGACUGUUCCCUAAGGAAAUUGAAUUCCCGUUUGUUCGUGAUACGAGGGCAACCAGCGGAUGCCUUACCAAAGCUCUUUAAAGAAUGGGGCACGACGAAUUUAACGUUCGAAGAGGAUCCAGAACCAUUUGGACGCGUACGGGACCACAAAAUUUCGACGCUUUGUAAGGAGCUCGGUAUCUCGGUGGUUCAGAGGGUCUCGCACACUCUUUACAAGUUGGACGAAAUUAUAGAAAGAAAUGGAGGCAAACCACCCCUAACUUAUCAUCAGUUUCAAAAUGUCGUCGCGAGUAUGGAUCCUCCAGAAAAGCCUGUAUCUACAGUAACAUCAGUUUGCAUUGGUGAUGCCUAUACUCCAUUGAAGGACGAUCAUGAUGAUCAUUUUGGUGUACCAACGUUGGAGGAACUUGGGCUUCUGCCACCUAUAUGGGUCGGUGGUGAGAGCGAGGCCUUGGCACGAUUGGAACGUCAUCUCGAGAGGAAGGCCUGGGUAGCGAGUUUCGGCAGGCCAAAGAUGACGCCGCAAUCACUACUGCCGAGUCAGACAGGCCUAUCACCUUACUUACGCUUUGGCUGUCUCAGCACGAGACUUUUCUACUAUCAGCUUACUGAUUUGUACAAAAAGGUACAAACGGCAUCGUCAAUACUUUUAUAA